GGCGAGCAGAACCCUGUGAUUAGCUCCACCAGCGAGAUACAGUUUGUCGAUGCAGUUGGCGGGGCGGGUGUCGCAAAGCAUGGAACAUGCUUCGCUCAACUCCAAAAACGGUUGGCGGAUUGUCUCGGAUCAAUCCGAACCUUGGAGACGACGUCGUUGUCCGGAACUCAGUGCCUUCCGGGAAGCGAAACGACAACAUACCACGGGUCCGGCAGCGACAAGCUGGAACUGUGUUCCGUUUCGUCUCAAAGGAAGUUUGGAUUAAUCCGAACCGCGAAGGCCGUGCCAUCGAGGGAGCACAGCUGUCUACAGAACUCGUACGGGUGGUCCGUGUUUCCGAAAACCCUGGCGACAAAAUUCGGAUUCAUCCGAACCAGGAAGCCGUGUCUGCCAUGACAGACGAUUGGUGUCAGGAUGAAGUAAUGCUGUGCGUAAAAGCCCACAAGGUGCUGCAGGCGGACUGUCCGACUGAGGGUGAGUUGGCGACCAGUUCCAAUGUCGAGCCCAACACACUCAGAGCCGGGUUAGCAGUCGUAAGCGACUCCCCGGUGAAAGCGGUCAUGCCGGCGUCAUUGGAAACUGCGUGGGCUCGGAUGAAUCCGAACCAGGGCCCUAUGAACAUGUCCCUCCCUGAUGAAUCUUUGGAGACGACCGUGAUUCGGAUUCAUCUGAGGCACACGGACGAAGGACUUCAACUGGCAGGCAUUGAGGGUUGUCGACUACUGACGACUUUGGACAAGGACAAUUCCGCCGACGACUGGAUUGAUCCGACACUCAGCGACGUCAGGAUGGAGCUACCAGCUCAGCCGGGAUACGACGAUCCUUUGUACUCAGCCCUUCACAACGAGGCGGUGGUGGAGGAGGUUCUGAAGAAGGCCUCUGACACUGUUGGAGAUAGAUUUCUCUAUUUGAGUGACGACGACAUCCAUACUCUCUCUGUCACUCUCUGUGUCUCUGUCUCUGUCUAUGUCCCUGUCUCUGUCUCUGUCUCCCUCUCCAUCUCUCUGCCGCGCUCUUUCUAUCUCUGUCAGCUUUGUCUAGAUCGUAGCGAAGCGACUCACAGCCGAGACACUCCGGAUGGAUCAUAAAUGUGGUGAAUAAUGGUACAAUAUUUUUUUUUCUCUCUCUCUCUCUCUCUCUCUCUCUCUCUCUCUCUCUCUCUCUCUCUCUCUAGGGGAAGCCUCAAACUGAAGGGUCCAUACUAGUUCGACACUUCGGAUACGUCAGUAACACGAAAUG